GCCGAAGACUUUAAUGUGUUGCACCCUGACAAAAAUAUUGGAUUUUCAUCGGUCAGAAAAGUGAUCAUGCGUUUUAAAGACACUGGCAGUGUGCAUGACCGACCGCGCAGUGGUCGAAAAAAAAGUAGCACGAGUGAAGCCACAUCAAUCAUGGUGCUAGAGCAUGUGAUUACCAGUCCAGAAAAAUCCACUCGAAAAUUGUCACGAGAAACAGGUGUGCCAAGAACAUCCUGCCAGCGCAUACUCAAGGAGGGUCGCUUUCACCCUUUCAAAGACAUAGUGAUGUCUAGUUGCAUGGAGGGCGAGAAGAGAGAGGGGAAGGAGGGUAGCGGUGCGGACGAUGGCGGCACCGUCAAAGUGGAGACGGAUCCCUUCCUCGCCGGCCUGACCCUGAUCUCGCAGGGGGCCGAGGCUCGCGUCUAUCGCGGGACCUUCCUGGGCCGCCCUGCCGUGCUCAAGGAGAGGUUUCCCAGGAAAUACCGACACCCGCAGCUCGACUGGCGCCUGACGAGGAGGCGUACUGUGCAGGAGGUGCGGUCUCUGCUGCGAUGCAGAAGGGCAGGCAUCCUGACGCCCGUGGUUUACUUUGUGGAUUAUGAGCGCCAUUGCAUUUACAUGGAGGACCUGGCGAGCGCCAUCACGGUGCGCGAGUAUGUGCAGUCCACAUCGCAAGCAGCACAGGGGGAGAAGCUGCUAACCUUGGCGGUGCUGAUCGGACGCACGCUGGCGCACAUGCACACACAAGACGUGGUGCACGGGGACCUCACCACCUCCAACUUGCUGCUGCUCUUCCCGCCAGCGGAAUCCCCCGAGCCAGGAGCCGGCGCUGCCUCACCGGAACCCUGCACACAGCAACCCCAGGUGGGUGAAGAAGAUAUCCCUGCAGAUGCUCCAUCGCUCACCGCCGCCACCAACACCACACACCCCGCACCAUCCGUGCUGCACGUGCCCCCACAGCCGACUCCGCGCAUGGCGCUCAUCGACUUUGGGCUGAGCUGCGUGUCGACGCUGGUGGAGGACAAGGCGGUGGAUCUGCACGUGCUGGAGAAGGCCUUUCUGAGCAGCCACCCUGGCACGGAGGCUAUGUUUGCGGCCGUGCUCGCCGCCUACACGGCGACGAUGAAGGGCCGCUUCGCCGCACCCAUCAUCGCUAAACUCGACGAGGUGCGGCUCCGUGGCAGGAAGCGCUCCAUGGUGGGGUGAGGAGGAGAGGGAGGAGGAGGAGGAGGGACGAAGGAAUGGAGGUGGAGAGGGAGUCGGAAGGGGUGAGGGAGAGUGACUGACACGCCAUAGUAGGUUGAGAAAGAUGAGGGGGUGAAGGGGUGACUGGUGGCGGAGGAGUAGGAGAAGGGAGGCGGCAGAGGAGGGGGGGUGACGGGCGCUGUUUAUGAUGGAGUAAAGCAUAACGAGGUGGAGGCAGCAGAGGACGUGGGGGAGGCUGUAGUGGUCCCGGCCAAAGGAAUAUGGCUGUUGUGGUUAUAAUGUGGCUGUUCUGUACUGAUGCACCGCAUUUUUCCCUUUGAAACUCGCUGGGUCGCUGGCUGAACACAUUUUCUGUUUAAGAAAUAAACAUUGAAAUGA